AUGGAUGAGGAAAUGGAGGAAUGUAAUGAUGUUGAAUACACAUUCACGGCGGUUGAAAUCGACCUGGAUUACGAGUACGAUGCCGUCCGGUUCUUUGAUUUUACCCGGGACGAAUCCGCCGCCGAGGCUUAUCAAGCCGAGCUCUGGUUUGAUACCGCCGCUACUUAUCCGCCUUCCCCUUUUGUGGCAAAGUUAAUUGGUGGUCAAGAGUUGUUGGAGAAUGUAAAUACCUCCCCGAAGCCUAAACCUAAGCCUACCGAGAACACCAAUUUGUUGGGCAGCAAUGAAGCUGAAGACAUUGAGAUAGAUCAAGACUCUUAUGCUGUUGAUAGAGAUGAUGAGGGGAAGGGUUUGAACUUUAGAGGGACUUCUGGACAUCUGCAGCGGAACUAUGGACCAAAACUUCAAAACCAGCCGCAGCAAAUACCCUCAGGGUUGAAAUUCUAUGAUCACAUCACACAAGAUACUUCAAAAGCCAAAUUAAAGUCCACUGUGAAGCCUUAUAUAUCAAGGACCUCAACACUUUUGAAACCAACUGCAAGUCAAUUGGCGAAGCAAAAUAACCCUCGCCUAACGUGUUCUACAAGGUCUCAGAAGCUGUUGGUUGAUACAUUGGACAAAAUCUCAAAUAAUUCUAUAAAGGUUGAAAUUCAGCCUGCAAAGAGACAAAAGCUUGAAGGAGGUCUCUUGAAUAAGAUUGGUGAGACGAAGCAGCAAAUGAACUUUAUCCACAAGCUGCCUAAGAAGGAUGUCACCGCUGAAGUAAAUCCUUUGCCAGCAAAGUUAAGGAUUACGAUACCCAGGGAACCCGGUCUUGAAACAAUGAUUAGGGCUCAAAGAGCAAGGCAAAAUACUAGCAAGGAGAUGGAAAAGGCAGAUACAACUUUCCGUAGGUUUAAAGCUCUUCCCCUGAACAGAAAGAUUCUUGAAACUCCUUCCUUGUUGGCACCAAAAAGAAGUGUUCCUCGAGUGCCACAAUUUCAUGAAUUUCAUUUGAAGACUUCAGAGAGGGCUAUGCAGCACACUACUAAUGUUACAUUGCGCACUGCAGCUGGCAGCAGUUCUGAGAAGGAGUUACAUAAUUGUGACAGAACUUCAACAGCAGAAUGCAGAGAUGAAACAAGAUGCAAUGUGGUGGACACAUCUAAGGAUCAGAGAACGCAGUUGUCUCACAACUUUAAAGCUCUACCUCUUAAUAGGAAGGAAUUUAACUUCCAUACGGAUAAGAGGGCUCAACACAAUCCACCAGUAGAGCUUUUUAAUAAGCUUUCUAUUGCAUCUGAACACAAACAGAAGUUUGAACCUGCUACCUUCCCAGUAAAGGGUUCAAAAGAAAAUAGAUGGGAUCCUUUUCAGCAAGAAAAGCAGGUAAAACAAGAAGUAAAAGAAAAACCACCUCUGAAUGGAAGCAGGAAGGUUUCAUUUGGUGUCAAUGGGAGAAAAAAUGAUGGCGGUUUGGUGUCUGCUACCAGCAGGAGCUUGGGAGUGCGCUGA